UCACCUCACGCGAAACACACUCCCUCCCCGUUGGAAACCCUCUCCUCUCACCUGUAGCACAGCGGCGGCGGUUUCCGCGGAGAAACAGAUCGGCGGCGGCGGUGCUCGUCCUCCCCUUCAGCCAGCACGUCGCGGCGUCGCCUUGUCUCCAUCCUCCAGCGGGACGCGAGGCGCUGGUUGGUAUGGAGGGCAUGGGGUGAGGCGGAGCCAGGAGAACGAGGGCAAGGUUGGGGACGGGCCGAGCUAGAAGAAGGAUCACAAGCACGUACGACCAGCAGCACAGCAUCCACUCCUCCUUGUUGUAUUCAAUCUGAAGAUGAAAAAGAGGCAGAAGAUGUUAGUUUGGGCAGCUGCGGCAUAUAUGGCAAUAUCUAUGAUGGUCUUGAUCCUUAAUUCUAGAAAAAGGAAGAGGAAAGAACGUCUUAGCAUAUCAUAUGGGCCAAUAGAGGAGAGGGAUAGGAUGAGAAUUGAGUAUCUUAACAAUAAAAUUUGGAAGAAUGAUACAAAUUGUGUGAACAUGCUUAGACUUGGAAGAGCACCUUUCUUCAGAUUCUGCAACCUAUUUAGGACUCGUGGCUUGCUUGUUGACACUAUACACAUGUGUGUUGAGCAGCAAGUAGCAAUGUUCUUGAACACCGUUGGACAUAACCUUAGAAAUAGGCUGGUUGGCACCAAUUAUGAUAGGUCCGGUGAAACCGUUAGUAGAUAUUUUCAUAUUGUCCUUCACGCCAUUGGUGAGCUACGAGAUGAAUUGAUUAGGCGACCUUCAUUGGAGACCCAAUCAAAAAUAGAAGGAAACCCACGGUGGGAUCCAUAUUUCAAGGAUUGUGUUGGAGCUAUUGAUGGUACACAUGUGCGGGCGUCCGUUACUAAGGAUAUGGAGGCAGCUUUUCGUGGUAGAAAGUCCUUCCCUUCUCAAAAUGUGCUCGUAGCCGUAGAUUUUGAUCUUCGGUUCACGUAUGUUUUGGCUGGUUGGGAGGGAACAGCACAUGAUGCGCUCGUCUUGAGAGAUGCGUUAGAAAGGCCAAAUGGUUUACGUGUCCCACAAGGAAAAUUCUACCUAGUUGAUGGUGGAUAUGGAGCCAAAAGAGGGUUUUUGCCUCCUUUUCGUGGUGUGAGGUACCAUUUGAAUGAGUGGGGAAACAAUCCAGUGCAAAAUGAAAAGGAGUUGUUCAAUCUUAGGCACUCCUCUCUUCGUGUUGGAGUAGAGCGUGGAAUUGGGUCACUCAAGCGGAGAUGUCUGAUCUCUCAGAGCCCUCAAAAGAAGGUUCUUCAGCCGAUGGUUCGAGUGCUCACCAGAAAACUGGGGUCUGGAGUAGCAUGUUGAGCACUCUUCUCCAGCAAGCUUCAGUCUAUGGCUUGGCUGCUGGUUAUUGCCUGUCAGCGUCUUUGCUCUCCAUCAUCAACAAAUGGGCAAUCAUGAAAUUCCCGUACCCUGGGGCUUUGACAGCUCUUCAGUACUUGACUAGUGUUGCUGGAGUUCUCCUGUGUGGACAAGCAAAGCUUAUUGAGCAUGAUGGCCUGAAUUGGCGGACCAUGUGGAAGUUCUUACCUGCUGCUGUGAUGUUCUACAUCUCCAUCUUCACAAAUAGUGAACUCUUGCUGCAUGCCAAUGUGGAUACUUUCAUCGUGUUCCGCUCCGCUGUGCCGAUAUUUGUGGCCAUUGGAGAGACGUUGUACCUUCACCAACCAUGGCCAUCACUGAAGACAUGGCUUUCACUAUCCACCAUACUUGGCGGAAGUGUGAUUUAUGUUUUCACAGACAACCAGUUCACUGUGGCUGCCUAUAGCUGGGCAGUGGCGUACUUAGUGAGUAUGUCCAUCGAUUUCGUGUACAUCAAGCAUGUCGUCAUGACCAUUGGCCUGAAUACAUGGGGCCUGGUGCUUUACAACAAUCUUGAGGCUUUGAUGUUGUUUCCCAUUGAGCUACUUCUAAUGGGAGAGUUCAGGCAGAUGAAGGUUGACAGCUCUAAAAUGACAAACUGGCUUUCAUUUGACGUGAUUCUUCCGGUUGCUCUGUCGUGUCUGUUUGGGCUCUCAAUAUCCUUCUUCGGGUUCUCGUGCAGGCGUGCCAUCUCAGCUACUGGAUUUACGGUCCUUGGCAUAGUAAACAAGCUGCUGACCGUCGUGGUUAAUCUGCUUAUCUGGGACAAGCAUGCCUCCCUCAUGGGAACAAUUGGGCUGUUGAUAUGCAUGUCUGGUGGCGUCCUGUACCAGCAAUCCACCACAAAACCUAAGGCACCCAGUGUUGAGCCAAAGGAAGAGAAUGAUGAGGAGGAACAGAAGUUGCUUGAGAUGCAGCAAGGGCAUGAAAGCAGUCCAAGUCAAGAGCAUGCCUCAUAAGCCUCAUUGCUAAGUUUUUUUUUCUUGGUGCGGCAACAGCUCUCCUGGAUUGUUGGAAAGAAAUGUUUGGCAAGAAGGUGUAGUUGAGAUUAGAAGUGAAAUGCUAGACACUAGAAAUUGCAGAGGAAGCUGAAUACGUUUGCUGUAGGGUAGCAGACCCUGAAGCAUGCUAGUACUGUUGAAUGCACAUCGCAUACUGAAGCAAUUAUGCUAUUUACAUUGUGGUAGAGUUGUUACUAAUACAAUUCCGAAAAUUGCACGGGAGCUUUCUUAAAACUGUUGCAGUCAUGUAAAAUCAUUGUGGUAGAAUUUAUUUGCACCAUGGCUCUACUUGUACGUUCGCAGAAACUGAACACCAUGGAUGAUUGGAUCACA